CAUUAAACUGCAUCUAUGUACCUAAAUAUAAAUUUUGAUUAGUAUUGUAAUAUAAAAUAUUAUUUAUUUAAAAUUUUAUUGUAAUGCAGAAAGAAAGUCGAGCAGAAAUAACGCUUUUCCACUUAUCGUGGGAAGAUAUUUUAUUUGAAAAUUUAGUUAUAUAUUUAUCAUUAAAGGAUUUAUUUAACUUGCGGGUUUGUUCAAGUGUGUGCAAACAAUUUGUGGAUGAAGAAUUUCGCCAGAGAGGUGUUGUUAAUUUAGCAGGGAAUAACACUAAAGGAAUUGAAUUAGCUUUUAAGGUUCUCGUACAAACUUGCAGUAGAGUGCAUACUCUUAACUUAGCGAACUGUAAAUGGUUGAAUGACGAACUUCUAGUAAAUUUUUUAAAAAAUAAUGAAAAUUUGAAGUAUGUAAAUUUAAAUAAUUGUAUUGAUUUGUCAGCUGCUUCUCUACAAUCAAUAAUUAUUCAAUCAAAAUUUUUAGAAGUAUUAAAAUUAUCAAAAUGUAAUUGGUUAACUACUGGAGCCGUAGAUGCUUUGACUUUGCAUCAAAGUCAUCUAACUGAAUUUGAUAUAUCUCAUUGUUCGGUAAUUGGAGAAAGAUGUCUGUUAAUAUUUUUUAGAAAAUUGAGUAAACUAGAAACUUUAUCUUUGGCUUAUUGCCCAAAUGUCACAGAUAACGUUUUGUGUCAAAUAUCAAGAUUUUGUAAAAAGUUGAAACAUUUGAACUUAAUUGGAUGCACAACUAUAACAGAUUUUGGCAUAACGAAACUUUCACUGGGGUGUUCAGAAUUGGAGGCUUUAAUGGUUCGCAACUGUCCAAAUAUCACAGAGCAGUCAUUACAUUCACUUCGAAAUCGAAUACAUAUUGAUCGACCACCAAUUUAUCAUGAUGUACCAUUUCCACGUCAUUUUCAUUUAAAUCUACAAGUAUGAUAUUUAUAGAUAGUUUUAAAUAAAAAAAGUUUAAUUCCAUAAUUUAUUAAUACGAAAAUUUAGAUUUAUUUUUAUAAUGUAAAUAGAAUUGUUGGCAUACCUACAUAUUUUUAACUGAUUUUUAUGAAGUUAUAAAAAUUUUUAUGUUUUAACA